GUCGGCCAUCUUGGAAAGCCAUCGCUGUGAGGAAGAGGCUCCGCUUCCCGCUCCUGCUGCUCAUUGAUUGCUUUCUUUCGCUCUUUUAGAGGAACCGCCGCAGCGACGCCGCUCCGACCAACCGGAAACUCUCCUCUAGCUUCACUACUUCCGGCUUCAAACUAACCGAGGAUCGAGCAGCAUGGCGACAGUCCGCGGUACUCCGAGCAGAGAAGCGGGGCGGCCAGCGGCCUCCACGCCUCUGUCCCCCACCAGGAUAUCCCGCCUCCAGGAGAAGCAGGACCUGCAGCACCUCAACGACCGCCUGGCGGUCUACAUAGACCGGGUCCGCUCCCUGGAGGUGGAGAACGACCGGCUGAUGGUGAAGGUGUCCGAGAAGGAGGAGGUCACUACCAGAGAGGUGACGGGUCUGAAGGCUCUGUACGAGGCAGAGCUGGCCGACGCUCGCCGCGUCCUGGACGACACCGCCAAGGACCGGGCCCGGCUUCAGAUCGACCUGGGGAAGGUCCAGGCGGACCUGGAUGAAGCCACGCGCACAGCCAAGAAGAAGGAUGGAGACCUGGCCGCCGCCAUGACCCGGGCCAACGGGCUGGAGGCCAAGCUCAAUAAGAGCGAGGCGGCGCUCGCCACGGCGCUGAGCCAGAACGCCGCCCUCACCUCAGAACUCGCCGAUGUGAAGAACCAGCUGGCCAAGGCCGAGGACGGCCACGCCGUGGCCAAGCGGCAGCUGGAGGCGGAGACCCUGAUGCGAGUGGACCUGGAGAACCGCUGUCAGUCGCUGAGCGAGGAGCUGGAGUUCAGGAAGAACAUGUUUGAGGAGGAGAUGCGUGAGAGUCGCCACCGGCAGGAGCAGAGGAUCGUGGAGGUGGAUUCUGGAGUCAGACAGGACUACGAGUUCAAGCUGGCCCAGGCUCUGCAGGACCUGCGGAGGCAGCAUGAUGAGCAGGUUUCCCUCUACAAGGAGGAGCUGGAGCAGACCUUCCAGGCUAAGCUGGAUAACGCCCAGAUGUCCUCAGAGAUCAACGACAAGGCCAUGGGCGCCGCCCGGGAGGAGCUGCAGGAGUCCCGCAGCAGGAUAGAGAGCCUGGGUUACCAGCUGAGCGCCCUGCAGAAGCAGGUGUCUGCCUCAGAGGACCGCAUCAGAGAGCUGGAGGACAUGCUGUCUGCAGAGCGCGACAAGCACCGCCGCGCCAUGGAGGGCAAGGAGCAGGAGAUGGCGGAGCUGAGGGAGCGCAUGAACGCUCAGCUCAGCGAGUACCAGGAGCUGCUGGACGUCAAGCUGGCUCUGGACAUGGAGAUCAACGCCUACAGGAAGCUGCUGGAGGGGGAGGAGCACAGACUCAAACUGUCUCCAAGCCCGUCGUCUCAAGUGACCGUCUCCAGGAUCACUGGGUCCUCCUCCUCCCGCUCCUCCAAGAGGAAAAGGCCUCAGGAGGAGGCGGAGCUGCUGGAGAUGGCGAGAGGAGAGGAGCUGCUGGUGUCUGAGGAGGCCACGGCCAGCGGAGCAGUGACCAUUUCUCCCACCGACAUGGACGGAAACGCCGUCACCCUGAACAACGAGAGCCAGAAGGACCAGCCUUUGGGGAACUGGAGGCUGAAGCGGCAGGUUGAUGAUGAAGAGGAGCUGGUCUACAAGUUCUCUCCUAAAUUUGUUCUGAAGGCGGGGCAGUCUGUGACGGUUUGGGCCGCUGAUGCCGGCGUCGCUCACAGCCCGCCGUCUGACCUGCUGUGGAAGAGCCAAGCUUCCUGGGGGACAGGAAGUGUGGUGGUGACCUCACUGGUAGACUCUGACGGCGAGGAGGUGGCCAGGAGGAGUGUAACCAAGACUCAGAUGGAGAUGGAGAACGGUGACGAGCAGGAGGAGGAGAGGCCUCAGAAGGGCAAAGUGUCGUCCAGGGAGUGCAGCAUCAUGUGAAGCUCCGCCCCCUCCUCCUCUGAAAACCUCCCAGCUUCUUUCUUUUCUUUUAACCUUUAAUAUUGAGAGACUGUCAUCUGGACCUCCAGAACCAACAAACGGGUCGCCAGCAGUGGAUCCACAGAACCACUGGGUCUGCUCCUCCAGUGGCACCACGCCGCUGUAGAACCGGACCACGCCGGGCCCGGUUCUACAGCG